AUGACUUCGGUCGACAGGGACCUGUUCGAUGCCGUGGAGCUCAUCCCCCAGCGCCUGUAUUGGGUGACCCUGCAUGGCAACCAGAUGCCCGAGAACACGGCGAGGUCUCAUUAUUUUUGCACCGACUCCUCUUUUGUGUACGAGCCCUUCUUCGCGGACUUCGGGCCGCUGAACUUAGGCUGCACGUACAGGUACUGCAAGUUGUUGGAUCAGAAGAUGAGGGAUCCGGCUCUGAAAGGCAAGCGCAUCAUCCACUGCUGCUCCGCCGACCCCAAGCGGCGCUCGAACGCGGCCUACCUGAUCUGCGCGUAUUUGGUGAUCGUCCGGCGGCAGCUGGCGGACUCCACGUUUGCGCCGUUCAACUUUGUGACGCCUGGCCUCGUCCCCUACAUCGACGCGUCGACAAACAAGAAGCACGACUUCUUCCUGACUGUCCUCGACUGCCUGCACGGCCUCGAGAUGAGCAUCAGGCUGAAGCUCUUCGACUGGGAGCGCUUCAACGUGGAGUCGUACGAGUACUUUGAGAAGGUGGAGAACGGGGACCUGAGCUGGAUCUUGCCCGGCAGGAUGCUGGCGUUUGCGGGGCCGUACUCGACCUCCACCGACGAGGACGGCUUCCCGACCUGGACACCGGAGGAUUACGUUCCGAUGUUCCUGGACGCGGGGGUCCGUUUAGUCAUACGUCUUAACAGGAAGAUGUACGAUAAGCAGCGGUUCAUCGACAACGGGAUCAAGCACGUUGAUCUUUAUUUUGCUGAUGGCACGUGCCCGCCCAGGGAGAUCAUCAACAAGUUUCUCCACAUCACGGAGGCCGAGCGGGGCCCGUGCGCCAUCCACUGCAAGGCAGGGCUGGGCCGCACAGGUACGCUCAUUGGCCUCUACGCAAUGAAGCACCUGAGGUUCCCUGCGAGAGCCUUUAUCGGGUGGAACAGGAUCUGCAGGCCGGGCAGCAUCCUGGGGCCCCAGCAGCAGUUCAUGGUCGACAUGCAGCCGAUGAUGUUCCAGGCCGGGCUGGCGCACGGCGGGCCGCAGACGAGCCUGCAGGCCCCCAGCGGGCCGCCCCAGGACGCUGAGCUGGAGAACAAGAUGAGCAGGCUGACCGUGCGCGACCUCAGGGACGAGGAGAAGCACGAGGACGUUGGACAGGGCGAGGGCCUGUGCCACGCGAAGCGCGGGCGCAACGUGGACGCCCUCGGCGUCGUCGACCAGGGCACCCGCCAGGGCAUCAGGCCUAAGACUAGUGGAGCAUCCGACCCGGCAUUUUCCCUCCAGAGACUGGUGAGACCAGGGCGCCCGCCCGGCCGGUACGGGAGACCAGCGCGGCGCGCGGAGCGGGAUGCCCUCGGAGAGUCCCUCGAGGGCGUCCUGCCGCUCACGGACUCGGGAACGCGUCACGAGACGGUGGAGGCACAGACCUCAGCAGGCUUUCUGCAGAAGCUCCACCAGGUUUGGGACGACGUGAGCUUCGUUCCCAAGCGAGAUUUGAGCCAGGCGACCCAGCAGAGGUUGGGCUCUGUGAUAGUCCGCCACGUGGCCUUGCAGUGGUAG